GGAGGUGUGGAGGAGAAUCUCGGAUGCCAGUGGGUCAGGGUGCCUGUCACCAGGUGAGUGCCUGCAGCUGCCCUGGGUCAUGGCUUCCGUGGCCUGCGGGCUCUGCUGCUUUCUGGCAUUUGUGGGUGCCUUUAGCCUUGUCCACAGGAGGAGGCUGCUUCUGCAGAGCCGGGCCCCCGAUAAGCCUUAGCAAACCCCUGAGGACCUUGGACUUAAGGACCCUCCACAAGGAAAGGCUGUGGGUGAAGACCACCCAAGGAUUCUGGGGUGAGCUCCAGACCAUGAGCUUCCGGUGGGUGAGGGGGCAGCAGCAGCGGCCACAUCUCAGGAGCCUGUCUAGGGGCCUGUCCUCCAGAAAAGCAGAGACAUGAGGCAGCAGCCCCCGGAGACCCUCCCGCACGUGGCCAGCCAGCAGGUGGGGCCGCAUCAGCCUCCUGACAGGAGGGGUCCCGGAUGCAGCAUCAGUUCCUGGGCCCUGGAAGCUGCCUGGCAUGGGCUGGCAGCCACUUGACCAGGCUCAGCCAGGAAGGCAUUUCCAGAAAGCUUCCUUCUCGUCCUGAGAGCCGCCUGUGUUCUGUGCUCACCAGGCCUGUGGUCGGCACAGAGUGUGGUUUAGGGCCGCUGCUCUAGGGGCUGGGGAGGGUGCAACCUGCGUGACCAGCAGCACAUGCAUCCUGCUACCUCCUGAGACUCCUGAAAGCGUGGUGAUGGCCGAGCACGUGGAGGCCCAUUCUGGGCGAGGAGGCCCAGCUGGAGCUGCUGUGGGGAACUGAACUCCCCAGGAGCAAGAAGUCCUGGGGCUGAGGCUGAGCUGACUGGAGUCUGGAGCAGAGAGGAUUUGGGACAAUGACUCAGUGCUCAGCUGUGUUCCUGGAGCCUUGGCUGCUCCUCUGUGUGAACUGUGCUCAGUGGGCCAGUGUCAUGACCUGGAAAAGCUGCAACCCAAGAAAGGGAGCCAGCCCUGCCGUUCCCCAUCGUGCUGAGUGAGCUGCUGCAAACUCGCCGCAGACUCACCCUGGAUCCUCUGAAACAAGGACCUUCUGUCCCCAGGACCUCUGUCCCAGGCUCUCUGUGCACCCAGGAUCCACCCAGACCACAGGAGCUGACAGUUGAGGCCGCAUGCAGGACACUGGGGAAGAAGAGGGGCCUCUCUCACCUCGUCCUCCUCCUCCUCUUCCUCCUCUGCCAGCUCCAGGUGGAUUCCUUCUGAACCUCAGCAGUGGUGACUGGUGGUUUCUGUAAUGAAAUUUCAAUUCGACCCUCAUCUGAGAUGAGAGAGUGUCUGGUAACACAAAGCUCAGGAACUGCACACGAUCUCUCAAGAAAGCUUAUGUCCAGUUUCCGUCUGGUGCCAGUCCACUCGAAGGGCAGCUAAAUGUCACUGGGAAAGUCCUGUUGGCAGUGUUACAUAAGAUGUAGAUUCAGUGAAGCCAGGCCCAUCACAUGACGGAAGCUUGUUAGGGUGGGUUUAUCUGUCAGACUCCAGAUUUAUAGAUAGAAAAGGAGAAGACGUUUAUGUCUUCAGCCAUUAUAAAGAGUAAUUCUUAUACGUUUUAAAAUAUUGGCUAUGUAUAUAAUUUAGAGAUCUACAUGUAGCUCUGUGUAAUCAAUAUUGCGUAUCUAAUAUAUACUACAUAGAGAUAUAAGUAUUAUAUAAAUUAUAUAGAUCUAUGUAUUUAAAAUGUAGAUCUGUAGAGAGCGCUACAGGCAUACUUUGUUUUGUGGUGUUUUGCUUGAUUUUGCUCCAUGGAUGUUGCUUUUUUUACAAAUCGCAGGUUUGUGGCAACCUGCGUGGACCAAUUCCAUGGGCGCCGUUUUCCCAGCAGCGUGUGCUGCCUUCAUGGCUCUGGGUCACAUUUUGGUGAUUCUUGCCACAUUUCAAACGUUUUCAUUAUUAUUAUCUAUGUAGUGGCCAUCUGUGAUCGGGGUCUUCAGUGUUACCAAUGUAAUUGUUUGGGGUGCUUUGAACUGCACCCAUAUAAGACACAAACUUAAUAAAUGUUUGGUGUGUCCUGACUGCCCCCCAUCAGCCAUUCCCCCACCUCUCUCCCUCUUCCCAAGCUUUCCUGUUCCCUGACACACAACAAUAUUGAGAUUAACCCAGUCAGUAACCCUACCAUGACUGCAGAGUGCUCAGGUGAAAGGAAGAGUCACCACAUCUCACUUUCAAUCAAAACCCAGAAAAGAUUAAACUUAGCAUAAGGCAUGUUGAAAGCUGCGAUAGGUUGAAAGCUAAGUGAGGCUUGUACCAGUGAGACAAGUAGCGAAGACAAAGGCAAAGUUCUUAACAGAGGUCACAAGUGCUGUUCUAGAGAGUGCAUGGAUGAUGGGAAGUGAACCAGCCUUGUUGCUAAUAUGGAGAAAGCUUUUGUGUUCUGGAUAGACAGUCAAAACAGCAACACCAUUCCCUUAAGCCAAACCCUGGUCCAGAGCAGGGCCUUAACUUUCUUCAAUUCUGUGAAGGCUGAGAGAGGUGAGGAAGCUGCAGAGGAAGAGUGGAAGCUGGCAGAGGUGGGUUCGUGAGGUUUAAGGAAAGAAGUGAUCUCCAUAACAUAAAAACACAAGGUGACAUGGCAGGUGCCGAUGGAGAAGCUGCAGCAAGUUACCUUCUGCAGCCAGAAGAUCUGGCUGAGAUCGCUUAACAACAGAUUUUCAAUGUAGAUGGAACAGCCUUCUGUUGGAAGAAGAUGCCAUCUAGGACUUUCCUAGCUAGAGAGGAGAAGUCAGUGCCUGGCUUCAGAGUUUCAAAGGACAGGCUGACGCUCUUGUUAGGAGCUGGUGCAGUAGUGACUUUAACUAGAAGCCGAUGCUUAUGGACCAUUCUGAACAUCCCAGGGACCCUAAAAUCAUGCUCAGUCUACUCUGCCUUGCUCUAUAGAUGCAAUGAGAAAACCGGGAUGUCAGCAAGUCUAUUUACAGCAUAAUUUACUGGCUAUGUUAAGCCCACUCUUGAGAACUACUGCUCAGAAAAAAAGAUUCCUUUCAAAAUAUUACUGCUCACCAACAAUGCACCUGGUCACCCAAGAGCUCUGAUAGAAAUGAACAAGGAGAUAAAUGUUGUUUCCAUGCCUGCUAACACAACACCCAUUGCACAGCCCAAGGACGCGUUUCAACUUUCAAGCCUUAUAAUUUAAGAAAUACAUUUUUUAAGGCUGUAUCUGCCAUAGUUAGUGAUUCCGCUGAUGGAUUUGGGAAAAGUAAAUUGUAAACCUUCUGGAAAGGAUUCACUAUUCUAGAUGCCACUAAGAACAUUCAUGAUUCAUGGGAGGAGGCCAAAGUGUCACCAUGAACAGGCGUUUGGAAGAGGUUCAUUCCAAUCCUCAUGGAUGACUUUGAGGGAUUCCAGCCUUCUGUGAAGGAAGUCACUGCAGAUGUGACAGGAGUAGACGUGAGACCAAUUACUGCUGAAAUGCUUGGGAUAUGCUCCUUUUGUCUUAGAAAGUGGCUUGUUCUUGGGUGUAGCAAAGCAUACACUUUGAGAGACAUUUCCCCAUGGCAGCUGGCAUUUAUUACGCCGAUCAGGAGCCAUGCUUCGGGCGCCAGUGCAGCAACAAGGCAGCGUGCUGGCUAAGCCAACUCCCUCCCACGGCACAGGGCCAAUGGCUUCUGUGCCCCGGCACUCAGACAUGACCACAUGACUGCUCCUGCCUGGGAGGAUAGGGCAAGGAUGCCAUGCUCCCCAGCACUCUCUCCCACCCCGCCACGCCCCCACUUGUCCGCUGAGUCCCCAGCUCUGUCAUCCACAGCUGGACGCAGGGACCCAGCCAGGACUCCAGGGGGCCCCUAGAGGAAGGCAGCAUCUCAAGGCAGUCAGGCCUGGGGAGAAACACACUUUUACCAUCCAGGGCCACGGAGCUCCUGGCUGUGAGUGAAACAGCACCUGGCCCUGGUGCACACGUGGGGCACGCAGAAACCCGCACACAGGGAAUUCACCGAAUUCUCACCCACGUGGUGGGCUGGGCCCUGCUCACCCCAGGUAAAAACCACAGGACCUGAGCUGACAGGGGAGUGCAGUGUGGGCUUCACCUGAGGGGGAGGCACAGAGGUUUCAACAACUCAGGGAGGUGGGCGUGCCUGGAAAUGCACUGGGAACAACCUCGCCAGGAGUCAGAGGAACUUCCCCGUUACCAGCCUGGCCACAGCUCCACGCCCGGGCCCUCUGCCGUUUGCCAACUGUAAGUGGCCUCUACCCACCUGAGCAGUUCAUGAGAAACAGGAAAAUCAUUUCCAGAAACAAGUUUAGAGUCAAACAGUUACCUAGAGUUCAACAUUUCAAGAAGUUGAACCUUCUACGUCACACUUUUUUUUUUUUAUGAAAGCAAUGCGUGCUAACCCUACAAAACUGGAAGAGGCAGCGAGAGAAAGGAAGAAACUGAAAACCAUGGCCACAGGCCUUCUGGGGCUUUCGUCUGUGUUUGCGUCUACUUGGGGUUGAGGUCGCACAGUUCUGCGUCCUUCGUUGUCACCUGGCAUUUUCUUAAGAUGACUCCAUGUCAUAGAAGUGCUGCAGAUGCAUAAUUUAAAGGGCUAUAUUGUAUCAUAUCGGUUUUUCAUCCACUUAUUCCGAUGCCCCCCCGCCCGGCGGACCUGUUCUGCAAAGGAUUCACUAUUCUAGAUGCCACUAAGAACAUUCAUGAUUCAUGGGAGGAGGCCAAAGUGGAAGGGCCUUCACAGCGCUGUUCCCUCUGCCGCCUCUGCCAUGCGAAGCCCUCCUCACCCUGUAGCUCCCCCCCCCCAGGAGGGAAGCUCUGUCAGCAGCCAGAACUCGCGUGGGGAUUCCUGCAGGAGAAACCUGAGGGCGAGGGCCGAGGCGAGCAGGACCAGGCGUCAGGAAGGGUCCCUGUCAGCCGGUGCCCAGGGCCUCUGGGUGGUGACCCGCACCCCAGUGCUGGCCCUGGGGAGGCCAGGGUGGCCGUUGCACCCACCACUGUCAGUCACUGGCUCCGGGUCACCCACAGGCUGGGCUCGUGACCUCCCAGGCAUCUCCCAAAGAGGCACACAGCCUCCUCAGCCUGGCACAGGGAUGCAGGCCUGGACAGGGCAUCUGGGAGCACCCAUCCUCCUCAAGCCCUGUGGACGGCAGUGGGCCCCGUCUGGCACUGCCUGCUCUGCACAUGGCACUCGGGAGGCGCUCGGGGCACCUGUGUUCAUGGAGCACAGAGGCAGAACCGCACUUGUGUGCACGUGGGAGUCAUGCCCUGGCCCACUGUCCUCAGCCAGUGGGCAGCAAGCUGGAGAUACACUCCUUCCCGGAGGUCUCGGGCCAGGAGCUCUGUCGCCAGGCUCUAUAUUGGCACCGACCCCUUCCUGGAGCAUGACCUGGAUGUGGGGUGGACCCAGGGCCUCGGCUGGGUAUGGAGAGACAGUGAAGGAGGCUGUGGCCUGGGAAGUGAGGCCCGCAGGGCUCAGCACUGAUCCGGCCUCCCCUCGGAUUGCCCCAGUGGCCUCUCUCAGCCUCAAGCUUCUCAUCAGUGAAAUGGUGCAGAAAACAGGGCUUCGUGUCCUGGAGGGUGUGAAUUCACCAGGGCCCUAAAUCACCCAGACCCCUCCUGUGU